AUGGAUUCGCCAUCCUCGCCGCCGCCCGGAUCUUACCCCGCUUCUCUGCCACCAGGAUGGGCUGCUCAGUGGAAUGACCAGUACAAAGCAUGGUACUUCUUCAAUUCUCACACAAACGUCUCGCAAUGGGACCAUCCAGGGUCGGCCCAGCAGGCCAGCAGCGAACCACAGAAGGCCAGCGAUUCACAGAUGGCCGACGAUGAGGCAUUCGCUGCCCGCCUUCAAGCCGAGGAGGAUUCGCGUGCCACACCACAGCUGAACAUGGAAACUCAUCCCUACAGGGGAAACACGGCCAUGGAGGAUAGCGACGCUGCUCUCGCGGCGAGACUGCAGGCAGAAGAGGAUGCUCUCGCCGCCCAACAGAGAUCACCGCAACCCCAGCACCCGUACUCGCCUGCAUUUUCUCCGCCGCCGCAGCAGCAGCAGCAGCAGCCAUACGGUGGCGACUAUAUGGCGUAUCAGCAGCAACCCUAUCAGCAGCAACCAUAUCCACAGCAGCAACAAGGCUUCGGCCCUCAAGGUUACCCGCAAUAUCAGGGCUAUCCCAACCAGCAGCAAGCAGCCUACCCAAACCAGCAGUACGCGCAACCGCAACCGCAGCCACAAACGACAAGCGGCCAGAGUGGAGGAUUUCUGGGGAAGCUGACCGACAAAGCGAAAGGACGGUUAUCUGCUGCCGGCGUCAACCUGCCUGCGUCCAGCGGCGGUGGAGGUGGAAUUGUAGGCUUGGGAAAUAGUGCCUUGGCCGGGUUCAAGGACAAGCUCAAGACGAAGAAUAAGCCCAGCCAAACACAGAAUAAUAACAAUGCUAACAGUAAUACCGGUGGCUACCCGAUGUACGGUGCAUACCCCUAUGACAACGGAGGAGGCCAUCAUGGCGGGCAUCACGGCGGGCAUCAGGGUGGACACAAUGGUGGACAUCAUGGCGGGGAUGGCGGAGGUGGAAGCGGUGGUGAUGGAGGCGGCGGAGGUGUCAGUGGGGGAUAA